UCUCCGCGCUGCACACGACGCCUUCUUUUCUGAGCGUUAAAUAAAUGUUUGCGCAAACGCCGUGCUGUUUUCAGUUACCUUACACGCAUUACGUUUUUAAGUGUAUCAGUGACAAUGUGCUCCAGUUUGUUGCAAUCGUUCCAGUUGAGACCUUUUUUCUUCUUCUGUAAAACAUCCUGUUGUCUAAUAUCUCACAGGUUCACUCUCGGAAAUGUUCUUCCUCGCAGUCGAGUGAUUCAUUUUCACAUUCACGCCUUCCGAAUCAUUUAAAAGAUCCGGUUCAUGUCCGCGAUUCGCUGAAGAAUCGGACACCACUAGCCAUACCGCACUCAUAACUCUUCAUUAAAAGACUACACGCACACUCUAGGUACUACAUGGCAGUCGUUUGUUAGCCCACCACGGUUGUUGUUGUCGUUAGUCAGACGAGGCUGUGAUAAUGUGUUGUGUUGAGCUGAGCUGAGUUGUUGCUCCUCCCUUGCCAGCAGUGAAUCUCGCCGGAGUUCAAGAAGACGGAGCCCAGCGCCGCAGACAUGGCUAUGCUCACCACAGACCCGCAAACUGAUGUGAUCGAUGCAGAAUAUGAGGACUUCCUCUGCCCCGUGUGUCUGGAGAUGUUUAUCUCUCCGAUGACCACCGGCUGCGGACACACACUGAUCAAAACCUGUGGACCAGGUAGAAAUUGUGUACUAUCAGGCAUUCUGUUUAGAGCUUUCGGAUUUCACAAGCGCUUUGCAGUUGUGUAUGCGAUAUGCAUCAGAUGGUCCGUUCUUUUGUCGGACAUGAGAAACCACACAGGGGUUUGCUCUAAAUAUCAAGAGUUUAUCAAGGAAGGCAUGAAGGCCAUUUCAAAGAACCAGCCUUCCACUGUCAGGGUGUGUCCGAUAUGUGCCUCAAUGCCCUGGGGCGACCCUAAUUACAGGAGCGCUGACUUCUUUCAGCACCUCAGAAUGAGACAUGCUUUUUCCUAUGACACCUUUGUGGAUUACUCCACAGACGAGCAAGCCAUGAUCCAGGAAGCUUUACAGCGCUCUCUCAUGGAAAACUGAUGCUAGGAACAUAUGGAUCCCCAGCUGAACGCCACCAAAAAUCAAUGCUUAUGCUUACAAAAAGAAAGAAAUGCAUUGGGAUUCAGGGCUAUUGUGAUAUAUAUUAUUCUACACUCUAAUAUUGGUCAGGCCAAAGUUCCUAUUGGUGUAAUUUUGGAGAUUUACUUAUUUAAACAGAGUCAUAUAUAACAUAUAUUCAUAAAUAAAAUAUGCCCAUAUACAUUGUUAGCUGUCAAAAUACAUAAAUAUAUGCUACCCAUUUAUAAUUAAUUCAAAUUAUAUAACUGAUUUUUGUUUCUAUAGUAUAGUUUGCGUAGCAGAUUGUCAGAUUUUGUGGCACUGGAACAGAAUAGUCUGAUAUAGAUACAUAAGGUGAGUCUUGUCAGAAGCUUUUAGGGUAGAAAAUAUUGAUAUUCCGUCAUUAAGGUAAUUGUUUUGAGUGUGUCCGCUAAUUCAGAGGUAAUUUAGAGGAAGCAAAGGAAUAAGCUUUUUCUGUUGGUGUUUUUUGUAUUAUGUAAUGCUUUUAAGAAGCAGUUCAACUGAACCCUUGUUAGAGCUGUGUUUCACUUUGCAGUUAGUGUUCAGCUAUGUACUGAAAUGAGUUUAUGUUCAAACCAGUAGGGGGCAGUAUUGUAUCAUUAGUCCACCACAUUGUUUAUUGUCUCUGUGCUCUCUGACCCAAGCAGUGCUCACUUAGUGUAGCUACUGACAAGUACAUGACUUGAUCUGACUGUGCACUGAUAGACUCUGCCCUUAAAGGGAUAGUCCACCCCAAAAUGAAAAUCUUGUCAUUAUUUACUCUCACUUUGUUGUUCAAACCCUGUAUGCGUUUCUAUUCUGUGUGGAACUCAACAGAAGAUAUUAUAAUACAUAAAAUAUGUACUAAGUUGUUUUGGGCCACACUGACUUUCAUUAUAUAGAUAAAACAGAUCUUCUGUGUUUUACAGGAGCAGGAGUCAUUCAGGUUCAGUAGAAGAUGAGAGGAUUGUCAUUAUGGGUGAACUAUUCCUUUAGGCUCCUAAUACAUUUAUGUAACCCAGUAGAGGGCGUUAGUCGAACUGCACAUAGCAGUUGUAUAAUAUGUUAAAGUUAGUCCGUUUAAUUGGCAGUAGUCUGAAAUCCUGCAAUCUAUUGAACCAAAUUGUAAUUUUGCGUUCGAUAAAGUCAAAUUUGUGUUGCAUGCUGUUUGAUGUGGAUUUUACCACUGUGAAGACAAGUCAUAUCCUGUGCCUGUUUCAUUCAUGUGUUAUUAUUAGUGCUUAAUGGUGAUGAUUCAUUGACCUGUACGUUUUUUGGAUGAAUUGGUUUUGUAUAGUUAAUAAACCUUUUCUCAAAAGCCUUUUAAAUGUGUGUCAAAUGAAACUGCUGUAGCAUUAUCUUUUCUCAAUCCUUGAUUGUGUUC